AUGGCUUCUGUUUUGGAUCAUGUUGAAAGGAGCAUGAUCAAUGACGAGGCGGGUUCAACGCCAAAUAUUGACGCUGAAAAGGAUUUUGUGGUUGAAGGAAACCCCUUUGCCUUCAUGCCGGGCCAACUCAUCAAAAUGUUCAGCCCCAGAAGUCUUGAAGCGUUUUACAGGUUAGGCGGCAUUGAUGGAAUUGAAAAUGGGCCGCAAACACAUCCAACGACUGAGCCUGCCAUAGAGCGCCCUAUGAUGCGUCGAAGGGCGAAAGUAACAUGGUCUUCGACAACUGAGCACUCAAACGACUGCCAGUGUCACGAACAGCAGGAUGAGGAAUUACCUUCGACCGCCAUUGACUAUCACCCUUCUCUUGCUGUUGAAGUGGAGGAUGUCUACUCACACCUAACAAAGGUACGGGCUAGAUGCACAAAAAUCCAACAUGGCCGCUGCGGAAACAACGAGAAGAACUCGGAUCUCAGUUCUGAGAAGUGGGAUGCCCUAGAGGCCGUAAAUCGGUCGCUCUUGGGCAAAGACCACGACCUCUCGAUCGCCUCACCGUCAAUCAGUCCACAGCUUCAACACUUUAGAAAGCUUGUGUACGAUCAUUCUCUGCAAUCUCGAAACCUACGUCGUUUCAGUGACUGUUUACUUCCUCUUCUGAGGCGUGAGCAGGACCUAGAAUCUGCAGAACAAUGGAUGGAAAUGAUGAGUUUGUCCUCUUCCCUUGUGGAGAUACUUGGGAAGAACGAUUUGGUCUUUGGUGAAGAGGAAAAAGAACUCUUGGACACGAUCGACCAGAUUGAGACCAUAUUGAGGGAAUUGAAGUUAUGGUUCAGGCGCAGGUACAAAAGCCUAAGUGUCACAAAGGAAGUGACUGAAAAACAAAGCCUGGUUGAGGUCAUAUUUGAAUACCCCAAUAAUAUCAGGCACACUUGCACAACCAUGCCAUGGACUAUACGUCCCGCGCUGCUGAUACUUUGGGGUGUCUGCUGGAUGUUCAUCAUCUUCGGAGGAGCGGGCCGACCAGGAUAUGAGGAGCUCGAAGCGCUUAAUCCCCUGGUUUCGCCUGUGCCAGCCGUUUAUGAUCUUGAUGAUUUCUUGGACUUUGACAUUCCAGUUACACUUUCAGACUCGAUUGUCGAUGAUCCCAAUAGCAGAGGAUAUGGCAGCAUAUUGGACGAUUUUGCGUUCGGAAACAUUGAGAUGUUGAACGAUCCCAACAACGCUUUAGUCUUUUCCCAGACCACCCCCCGAGAUCCCAACUUCUUAUGCCAGGACUUGAUGUCUCGAAACGAUGCACAAAGCGCGGGUAUACUCGGGCAAGAUUCUACCAAGACAUCGUCAGCUGCUGGUAUCCAGAGCUCAUUUCUGGGAGAGCCUCUCAGUACCGAUAAAAUAUGCGCCAGUGGUGCCGCAGGCAGAGUCGACGUUAUUGGAUCUGAUCCUCCAGCGACCAGCGCCGAUGAAAGGUUUACAAAACCAAAACCCCGGUUUAUGUGUUCGAACUGUUCACAAACGUUUGUAACGUCCUUUACCUUAUCUCGACAUCAAGCAGAGUCUCAUCAAAGGCCGGAAGAGUUGUUCCUAUGCCCCAGCCCUCGCUGCAAGAGGUCUAGUGCAAACUUCCCUUUCAAGCGUCAUUUCCACUUGAAAAGACAUCUCGAUAAGUGUAAACAUUAUCAGCAAUCUCUUCAACAGCAGGACGAUCAAACAUCGCCAAGGUCAGCGUCAGCACCAACUCCGGUAUCACAUCUACAGUAUGCAGAGACAGACCAAGCAGUCAUAGCUGAUGAGAGGGCCAAGAGACCGAGGCCUGAUGAUGAAGGGUCAGAUGAUGAAUUACUGUUGGCACAGGUGAAAAAGAAGUACAGAAAGAUGGAAGAAGAGGUUAGGAAGAAGAAGGAUGAGUAUCUGAAUGCUCUGAAUGGAUUGGAAGCGCUUGAGAAGGCCAUUGAAGUCUUGAAAGCCCCUCCGAAAAAGUCUUAG